AUGCCAUAUCAAACCCGAAAGACAACCAUUGUCUUGGAAGCUGAUAAUAAUGAAGCUCUUGAUUACGUGCCUGUGACCAGGCAACAAUACGAGGAAGAGAUCGCACUCCGACAAAGGAUUGAAGCCGAUUUGGAGGAGAAAAAUCACAUGCUUGCUGACUACGACAACAAAUUAAAAGACGCGGAGGCAGUUCUUGCCACAGUCCGAAAGAAAUGGAAGCAGGCAGCCACAGACCUCGACAAGAUGAAGUCUUCGCAACAGCGUGGUUACCACAUGACAGACAGCGAGCUCAAGGACGCCGUGACCAGGCUCCGGUACAACAUUAGCCGCUUCGCAAUCCAGUACUUUGGUGGCAGGCUGCCAAGAGAAACCAAUAUUGAUAGGAUCAUGGACUCUAAGGACUUGAACGGAUGGAGACAUUUGUCAAAUUUCCUGGGUAACCGAGACAUCACAAUCUCAUACAUUGAUUCUGAUAGGCGACGACCCUACAUUGUCCAGGCACUGAUCUGGGACACAGUGUACUGGGCUGUGUUUGGCGAGGCACUCUGGGCUGGGCGAGAGAUGUCCAAGUCGUUCAAAAACCUGUCCGAGCAAUUGCAACAAUCAGCGAAGACCCAAGGUAGCGAUUCUGACAUCGAGGCAUGCCGAAGAUUUUGUCUAUGGAGAGCCGAGACGGCAGCAAUGGUUAUUCAAAUAACCAACUCGUCCAGGGCGGAACAGGAGAGUAGCAGCAACUUCUUCCUGGGCAAGAUUGAAUGGGUAUGCGAUCGCAUUUGCAAACACCUUAUGCCACUCACAAAAUCCACCAAUGGUCUCCGGGAGGAAGUACUUGAUAUUCUGAAAGAGACAGCGAAGCUUGACGAGGCCAUGAAACGACAAGCUGUUCGCCUGGAAUGGACCAUUCCCGAGCCCCAGGGGCGAUUUGAUAGCGAUACGAUGACCCUAGCCAGCGGGGAAACUUGGGACGCCGACAUGGACGGUAUCUGCUUGACGACUUCUCCCGGGCUGGUCAGACAAGGUAAAUCAACCGGUGACGAUUUUGGAACCGAAACAAGAUUGCUGUUGACGGAGGUAUCUUGGUUCCCUAGUCCGGCAAAGGUUCGCCGAAACCGAACCGUCUAA